AUGGAAAAUUACACGCAGCCUUUGACUGACUUCGUCCUCCUGGGCCUGUUCCCCCCAUCAAGGGCUGGCCUCGUCCUCUUCACACUCACCUUCCCCGUCUUCCUGAUGGCGCUGGUUGGCAACCUGUGCAUGGUCCUGCUCAUCCUCCUGGACGCCCACCUCCACACACCCAUGUACCUCCUGCCCAGCCAGCUCUCCCUCUUGUAUCUCAUUUAUGUCUGCACCACUGUGCCCAAGAUGGCGUCCGGGUUUCUAUCUGGGAACAAGUCCAUCUCCUUCAUUGGUUGUGGGCUUCAGGCUUUCUUUUUUGUGACUCUAGCUGGUGCAGAAGGGCUGAUCCUGAUGUCCAUGGCCUAUGACCGCUACGUGGCCAUCUGCUUUCCUCUACAUUACCCCAUCCGCAUGAGCAGGAGAGUGUGUGUGCUGAUGGUCCUGGGAUCCUGGACUGCGGCUGCUGUCAAUGCCUGUGCCCACACAGUGUACAUCCUCCGUGUCUCUUACUGCAGGUCCAGGGCCAUCGAUCAUUUCUUCUGUGAUAUCCCUGCCAUGCUCUCUCUGGCCUGUGGGGACAUUAGGGUCCAUGAAUACACUGUAUUCCUCAGUACUGUCAUCUUUCUCCUGAUCCCAUCCAUGAUCAUUGCAUUUUCCUAUGGGAAGGUUCUCCUUGCCGUCUGCCGCAUGCGCUCCCGGGAGGGCAGGAAGAAGGCCUACGCCACCUGCAGCACCCACCUCACUGUGGUGACUUUGUACUAUGCCCCGUUUGCCUACACGUACCUCCGCCCAAAGUCCCUCCGAUCUCCAGCAGAGGACAAGGUCCUGGCUGUCGUCUACACCAUCCUCACCCCAAUGCUCAACCCUGUGAUCUACAGCCUGAGGAACAAGGAGGUGCUGGGUGCCCUGGGAAGAGUGAGGGGGAGAAUUUGCUAUGAAGAACUGUAG